GUGACCGGCGGGUGGGUGUGUUCUUGUUCCUUUCCCUGCUUUCAGUGCGACGUUUCAGUAGAAAAAAAAAAAAAAAACAAGAUGGCGGCUGUGCAUCUGCGGAUCGGAGACCUGGUGUGGGGGAAACUUGGACGAUAUCCGCCGUGGCCAGGAAAGAUUGUGAGUCCUCCGAAGGACCUGAAGAAACCCAGGGGCAAAAAAUGCUUCUUCGUCAAAUUUUUUGGCACUGAAGACCAUGCCUGGAUAAAGGUGGAACAGCUGAAGCCGUAUCACCCUCAUAAAGACGAGAUGAUCAAGAUCAAAGGCAAGCGUUUCCAACAGGCUGUGGAUGCCGUCGAGGAGUACCUGAAGAAGGCCAAGGGGAAAGACCAGGCACACGGCUCGGAGGACAAGACCAAAUCCGAGAAGGGACGGAAAGCCGCCGCGAAACCCAUGAAGAUCAUCGAAGAAGACGACGAGGACGCGUUUAAGGGCGGCUCCUCCGACAAGGAGCAAACUGACUCUGACCCAGAACCGUCUUCUGUGCAGCGGCUGGUGGCUGGAACAGUUGCAGGAUUCAAAUGGGAGAGCAGUCCGGUAAAGGAUGACCCGCAUUUCCAUCACUUUCUGCUCAGCCAGUCUGAGAAGCCAGCUUCGUCGAUGGAGCCUAUAAGCAAACGGUUGAAGAUCAUUGAAGAGGACACCGGCUCCACAUCCAUUCAGGCUGCAGACAGUACGGCUCUCAACGGCAGCAUCACACCCACAGACAAGAGGAUAGGAUUCCUCGGACUCGGGUUGAUGGGCAGCGGAAUCGUGUCGAACCUGCUGAAGAUGGGCCACGUGGUGACCGUGUGGAAUCGCACUGCGGAAAAGUGUGACUUGUUCAUCCAGGAAGGUGCCAGGUUAGGACGGACGCCAGCCGAGGUUGUGUCCAUGUGCGACAUCACGUUCUCCUGCGUAUCAGACCCCAAAGCUGCCAGAGAUUUGGUUUUGGGUCCCAGCGGUGUGUUACAAGGCAUCAGACCCGGAAAGUGUUACGUGGAGAUGUCCACCGUCGAUCCUGAGACCAUUACAGAGCUCUCGCAGGUGAUCACGUCCAGAGGAGGCCGCUUCCUGGAAGCGCCGGUUUCAGGCAGUCAGCAGCUUUCUAACGACGGUAUGUUGGUGAUCGUGGCAGCUGGAGAUCGGACCGUUUACGAGGACUGCAGCAGCUGCUUCCAGGCUAUGGGCAAAACUUCGUUCUUUUUAGGAGAAGCAGGCAACGCGGCGAGGAUGAUGCUGAUCCUCAACAUGGUGCAGGGCAGUUUCAUGGCCACCAUCGCCGAGGGGCUGACGCUUGCUCAGGCCACUGGCCAAUCACAGCAGACCUUCCUGGACAUUCUGUGUCAGGGGCAGAUGGCCAGCACGUUUGUGGACCAGAAAUGCCAAAAUAUUUUGCAGGGUAACUUCAAACCAGAUUAUUACCUAAAACACAUUCAGAAAGAUUUAAGACUCGCGAUUUCCAUGGGGGACUCUGUUAAUCACCCCACACCCAUGGCAGCCGCCGCGAACGAGGUGUAUAAGAGAGCGAAGGCGCUGGACCAGUCGGACAACGACAUGUCUGCAGUCUACAGAGCUUAUAUUCACUAAUCCCUGGAGAUGUGCUCGAAGUUCUGGACCACAAUCAUCCUCCUUUUCUUCUGUUUUCUUUAUUCCUUCUCUCCGUGUGUGUGUGUGUUCUCCAUCAUCACCUCCUUAACAAAGUGAUGCACUGUUCCAGUCGUGCGAUUUUAUGAUUGAGCUUGGAGGUGUGUGUGUGUGUGUGUGUGUGUGUGUGUGUGUGUGUGUGUGUGUGUGUGUGUGUGUGUGUGUGUGUGUGUGUGUGUGUGUGUGUGUGUGUGUGUGUGUGUGUGUGUGUGUGUGUGUGUGUGCGCGCGUGUAGUUGGUUUUAUUUCAGGACGCACCAAAUUCUUUCCGCAGCAGUACGAACACCAGGGGGCGCAGUUUUCACUUUAAAGAAGCGUGAAAGCUUUUAAAACUCGUUCGAAAAGGCAUUCAAUAGAAACCUAUAGAAUUUCCUUUAUUUCUUUUUUUUUUUACUUUUGAAGUCGGACGUUUGCUUCCGCCGAAUCCGCGUAGAUUUAAUAACCCAGUGCCAUAGUCUCUCUCUCUCUCUCUCUCUCACACACACAUCAAAAUACUCAUGUUUUGACCUGAAGCUGAAACUCGUAACUUCCUGCUUCACACUGACCAACGCGACGGAAGCGAAACGUCCCACUCGCAUCAAUACGACACGCCGGCACUUCUUUAUCCUCGUCUAUGUGAUUAGUCUACAUCAGGGGUGUCCAGGCUUUUCCACAGAGCGCCGGUGUGGGUGCCGGUGUGGAAAAGCCUGGACACCCCUGAUGACACACACACACACACACUUCAGUGAUACCUAAAGAAGAACCCUGAGGCGUCCUGGGUUUGUUUCCUACAGUGCAAGUUUUAACACGUGACCCUCGAUGCUGAAAAUUGGGUGGCCAUUUUGUUUUGGUGUCACGUCUGCAGGACCAAUGAAGAUUUCACGUCUCGAGGUCAGAAGUUACGCACCUAAACAGAUCUUUCAGCAGAUGCCCUCAAAUCCAGAGCGACUUCUAUUCAAGGGGUUAGGGGCCUCGCUCAAGGGCCCAGCGGUGGCAGCUUUGGUGGUGCCGGGAUUUGAACUCCUUUCCGAUCUAAAGAUUUGAUCGUGUGUGUAGUGUGGAAUCUGGUCGCUGCGUCCUUCAUCCCCCCCCACCAUUACCACCCCCCCAUAUUGGUUAUCCCUCUUUCCUUUUUCUCUCCGUGUCCUUAUCCAGAACGAGAACGGCGCAGGCUAACAGGAGCAUGAAGACGACGCCACUGCAUUGCCUUAAAAUCCCGACCCUCGCCCGCAUAGAUGUAUUUAUUUAUUUUAAAAAAAGAAAAGGAAAAGAAAAAUCUCUUGAAUCUCCAGACCAUUAAUUUAUUAUUUUUUUCCCGCCCCAGCAGUGAAUUUAGAGGUCGGAUCGCUUCUCUUUUUCCGACUCCAGCCUUCGAAUCAUAAAUGUGAUUUUUUUUUUUUUUUUGUUGUUUUGUUUUUUAUAAUAGUGAGGCUUAUUAAUCUCGUGUGUAAAUUCGGAACGCUUAAUUUCACGGCUGAUCUUUUUAAGUUUUCGCAGAUGUUUAAGCUUCACUGUGGAGAGAUAUGAAGAAAACCUGGUUUGUGUUUUAUGUGUUUGGGGAGGAAAGUGAAGUUUUAUUUCAGGGGUUUUUAUUUGUUUUUUUGUUUUCGGUUCUGAGACACUGGUAAUGAGUUGAAAUUGAAUGGAGUUUUUUUUUGUUGUUGUGGGAUGUUUUUGUAAUCUUUUAUCCUUUCAAUUGUUUUUUAUGUUUUAAAAGUUCGAGCAGCAGCACCUCAAUGAUGGAGGUGGAGAUAUUGUUAAAAAAAAUUAAUAAAGACCGGCAUUCUGAUUAAAGGGUGUAAAGGAGAGAGAGUCAGGAGAUUCCCUGCUUCAGGUUCCUCUGGUUCUUAUACCACUGAACCCUUUAAUCCUGCAUCCUCACUCCCUUCACUUCGAUUUGAUUGGUUUCUCUUGUGUUGUUUAGUGCGGGUUUCUUCUCCUGUUUCUAAUCGUUCACGAUGUAAAGAUUUAAAAGAAGUAGAUUCGAUUUUUUUUUUUUUUUGCUGAAUUGGGUAAAAAAUAUUUAAUUUCUUGUAAAUGUGAAAAAGUCACGUUUUAUUGUGCAGUCCACUGAAUCCUUCUCCCAAUAAAACCAACCAUCCAGUUUAA